AUGGACGAGAGGCUCCAAACCUACAACAAGCUCAUCUCGGCCUCGGGGCGGGCAUCGCACUGGCCCUUGGCGCUGUGCUUCUUCAGAGAGCUGCAGGACCUGCAGCAAGGCGACGCCAUCAGCUACGGGGCAGCUGUGAACGCGUGUGAGAAGGGAAGUCAAUGGAUCCUUGCCAUCACCCUCCUGAAGGAGAUGGAUGCCGAGCAGUUUCAACCAGACCUGAUCACGUACAGCAGUGCAGCAAGCGCGUGUGAGAAGGCAGGCGAAUGGCCAUCCGCCUUGCACUUGCUCGCGAAGCUUGAGUCGCACCAUGUCUCUGCAGAUGUGGUCAUGCACAACGCCGUCAUCAGUGCAUGCGCGAGUGGUGAGGAGUGGGAGCUGGCCCUAGACCAUCUCGGAGAGCUCUCAAAGAAGUCGGUGCAGAGUACGAUCGUCACAUACAGCGCUGCCAUCAUUUCCUGCGCAAGGUGCGACCAGUGGCCGAAAGCUCUGCAGCUCUUGGCAGACCUCGAGGAGGCCAGGCUCGAGGGCGACGUGAUCGCCUGCAGCGCGGCGAUCAGUGCCUGCGAGAAAGCUGGGCAGUGGCAGCUGGCCCUCUGCCUGCUUGCCGACUUGGACGAGCGUGGCCUCGAUGCGGACGUGGUGGUCUGCAGCGCCGUCUUGAGCGCCUGCGGUCGGUGCCAGCAGUGGCGUCGUGCUCUUCAGCUGCUGGAGGAUCUGCCCAAGCGCCGCAUACGUGGAAAUGUGGUGACGUACGGCGCCGCCAUAGCCGCCUGCACGAAAGGAGAGCAGUGGGAAUGUGCCCUGCGCCUGCUGGCUACUCUUCAUCACCAGGGUCUCGAGAGCACCCUGGUGGCUUGCAAUGCUGCCCUGCUGGCUUGCGAGGCUGGUGGGGUGUGGCAGCACACGCUGCACCUACUUCAGGGGAUGCGCGCCCAGAUCCUGAAGGCAGACCUGCUCACCUACAGCACCGCCAUCGGGGUGGGCGAGAAGUCGACCCACUGGUCCCUGGCUGUUCUGUGGCUCCAGGAACUUGGGAAGCUCCGGAUUCAAAGGGAUGUCCUUGCGUACAACCCGGCCGUCUCUGCCUGUGUAGCUGGGGCGAACUGGAAGCUGGCGCUUGGGGUCUUUGCACAGUUGUCCCAGGAUCGCUUGAACCCCAACGCGGUCACCUGGGAAGCUGCCCUGAGUGCAUGCCAGGCCGGAGAACAGUUUCGCACCGCCUGCAGUGCCCUGGCAGCUGCUGAAGCCCAGGCGCUUGGAGGCGUCCAAUGUGAAAUGCGAGCAGGCUACGGCACAGCCGCCAGCCGAAGCGAAGGCAGCGCGCUGUUCAUGACGGAAGGCAGAGAGGAGGCGUCCAUCAACGGGCAGGAGUCGGAGAUCGUCCUGGACAAGACUCCGGAGACCACGAAGGCGCGGUUUGAUCUGGCACUGUUGGGCUAUGAAGGGUUCCAGCAAAUGUGGAUGUCCCGUGUCUGA